AGAGAGAGAGAGAGAGAGAGAGAGAGAGAGAGAGACUGAUAUGAUACGGAUAUGGGAAUCAAUUAACAUUUCCUACGGAAAUAGCAUGCUAAAAUGUACUAAAAGAAACCAAAACAAAAAAACAAAAACAUAAAAAGGAGUAUGGAUGAAGUGAAGGCAGUUCUCCUCCCUCGUCCACACAUUUGAAAUCCCAAUGUCGACUGCCUCCACCACACCACCACCACACAAAGCAGAGCCACUUCGACCGCAACAGUCACUGCAGCACAUCGACUCCAUGGCCUCCCUCCAUCUCCUUCCCAACUCCCUCGCUCCCGUCACCCCAUCGUUCCCUCCUCCCACUCUCCGCCACUCCUCGGUUUCCACCUUCGUUUCAUCUCCACCAGCUCCGCAUCCGCGGAGGCUUGCCCUCUCCGCCUGCGCCAAGAGGAAGAAGAACCCGUGGCUCGACCCCUUCGACGACGGGGAGGACCCCGACAUGGAGUACGGCUCCCUCUUCGCCGACGGCAAACAGGAGGAGGAUCCGAGGCCGCCAGAGGACCCCGACAACCCUUACGGCUUCCUCAAGUUCCCCAUGGGCUUCAACGUGGAGCUCGACUCGCUCGCCGCCAAGGUGCGGGGCGACGUGCGGCGCUGCUGCUGCGUCGUGUCUGGCGGCGUCUACGAGAACCUGCUCUUCUUCCCGGUCGUCCAGCUCAUCAAGGACCGCUACCCGGGGGUUCUGGUGGACGUGGUCGCCUCGCCGAGGGGGAAGCAGACCUACGAGCUGAACAAGAACGUGCGGUGGGCAAACGCCUACGACCCCGACGAAGACUUCCCUGAGUCCGCCGAGUACAUCGACAUGAUCGGUGUCCUAAAGAAUCGAUACUAUGACAUGAUCUUAUCGACCAAGCUUUCUGGGCUCGGCCAUGCGGCCUUCCUGUUCAUGACAUCUGCUCGAGACAAAGUCAGCUACGUGUAUCCAAAUGUCAACGCAGCAGGCGCAGGACUGCUGCUCACGGAGACGUUCACUCCUCCGUCUUCCAAUCUCUCCCAAGCCGGAUUCGACAUGUAUCAUCAAAUGGUGGAAUGGUUGGGUAGACCAGCUCGGAAUGUCCCAAGGCAACCGGUGCCUCCUCUCAAAGUGUCCAUCUCAAAGAAGCUGAAGGCAUAUGUGGAAGCAAAAUACAGUAAAGCAGGAGCGGAGAAGCGGAAAUUUGUGGUCAUUCAUGGGAUCGAAACAGAUUCGGUCGCUUCUAUGAGAUCCAAAGGAGACACUGAUUGCUUGUUGCCUAUCCGAGUGUGGGCCGAAAUAGCAAAAGGGAUAAGGGGUGUGAAGCCUCUCUUCGUCAUCCCGCAUGAGAAAGUGAGGGAGGAUGUUGAGGAAGUCAUCGGCGAAGAUUCAUGCAUUCUCUUCAUCACCACGCCUGGCCAGCUAGCAGCUCUUAUUGAUGAUUCAGCCGGAGUGAUAGCCACAAACACAGCGGCGAUUCAACUUGCGACUGCUCGUAACAAGCCAAGCAUCGCAUUGUUUUCCUCCGAAGAGAAAGGAAAUCUCUUCGUUCCAAACGCACAAGAAAAGAGAUGCUCGAUUGUUUCAUCACCAACAGGAAAGCUAAAAGACAUUGAUGUUGAAGCUGUGAAGAAUGCGGUGGAAAUUUUCGAAGGAUCUCCAGUUUUUGCAUAGAAAGAAGAGAUUACUUCUUCAUCACCCCUCUUACAGUAACUGUAGAUAAAUAUGCAUAUAUAUAUAUACAUCAAAUGCAGCACUCUUCAGUGUAUUCCUUCUUAUCAAUGUCUAAUCUUCUUUUGCAA